AGAGGGGCAGUAAAGGCUCAGAAGAUGGCGGGGGAGAGAAGGUGUCCGUCUCGGGUGGUUCACCUGCGGCUGCUCCUCCUCAUCAUCGCACCUGGCGUGCACCAAGCACUGAACAUCAACCAGAACAAUGUGACCAUCUACAGCGGGCCAGAGGGCAGCUACUUUGGCUUCUCGGUGGAUUUCUUUAAGGCUUCAGGUCAAGGUAUCAGCCUGGUAGUGGGGGCUCCGCAGGACAACUCAACCCAGACUAAUGUAAAAGUGGGGGGAUCGGUGUAUCACUGUCCCUGGUCAGCAGACGGAGGGACAUGCCAAACAGUGGAGUUUGAUCCAAAGGGUGAUGAAGAGUACAUAGUGGGCGAUGUCACACUGAAGCUGUCUAAAUCGCAUCAGUGGUUCGGGGCGAGUGUGCGUGCCGUGGACCAAUAUAUCCUGGCCUGUGCCCCACUAUUCCACUGGAAUGUCCUCAACAGCUAUGAAGACUCCCAGAACACGCCGGUGGGAAACUGCUUCCUGAAGGAUGUUACCACUGGCCUGGUGUCCACCUACUCCCCCUGCAGGGAUAAACUGGUGGAGUCCCACUACAAAGCCACCAGCUAUGUGAAUGACAAGCGCUACUGCGAGGCAGGGUUUAGUGCUGAUAUCACAAAGAAUGGAACCGUUGUGAUUGGUGCCCCAGGAAGUCUCUACUUUCAAGGUCAGAUCUUCACCGCAACCCUGGAUGAUUUAACUAACCCGAGGAGACGAGCUGAUCCCUACCUCCCAUCAAGGGGUGUCGGGCGGGAAAUUAACGCUUUUCAGGAGAGAUAUUCAAACACAUACAGUGGUUAUUCUGUUACCACUGGAUAUCUCACAGGGGACAGCAUUCAAGAUUAUUUGGUUGGUUACCCUAACGAUCGUGACACGUCUGGAUCAGUCAGAAUCUACAAUGGAAGGCUUGAAUUAAAAAAGAAGUUCUAUGGAACUCAGGUGGCAGCCUAUUUCGGUCAUGCUGUUGCGGUGACUGACAUCAACAGCGACGGGAGAGAGGACAUCCUGAUCGGGGCACCGCUCCAUAUCGAACAGCUAGCCAAUCAGCAGCAGCUGGAGGUGGGCCAGGUGUAUGUCUACCUGCAGCAGGUCCGCUCCAAGUUCAAUGGCCGCCCAGAUCAGACGCUGACAGGUUCUUUGCCCUACGGACGCUUUGGAGCGUCUAUCGCCCCACUGGGAGACCUGGACAACGAUGGGUACAACGAUGUGGCUGUUGGGGCUCCAUCCUCUGAUGGAAAUGGCCGUGUGUUCAUCUACAUGGGGCAGAGUGAGGGUCUCUCCCCUCAGCCUGCCCAGGUCCUGGAGAGCCCCUUCCCCUCCUCACGCACCGCUCCGGCCUUCGGCUUCACUCUCAAGGGUGGCACUGACAUGGACGAUAACGGAUACCCAGAUCUUAUUGUUGGUGCAUGGGGUGUCAGUAAAGUAGCAGUUUACAGAACUCUUGCCGUUGUAAAGACCAAAGCCCAGCUCACCCUCUUCCCUGAAGUGCUAAACCCAGAGGAGAAGACCUGUUCACUCCCCAGGACUCAGAAGGCAGUGACCUGUUUCACUGUCAUGAUGUGUAUCAGUGUCUCUGGGCAUCGUAUUCCCCAAACUCUGGCAUUGAGUGUGGAGCUGCAGCUGGAUAAGAUGAAGCAGGCUCUGACCCGCCGGACUCUGCUUCUCCACAACAGCCAGCCGCAGGAGAGUGUCACGCGCACAGUCCGGACCGCACGGACCAACGACUGCUUCAACGUGACCGCCUAUUUGCGGGCAGAGUCAGAGUUUAAGGACAAGCUCAGUCCCAUCUUCAUUUCGGUCAGCUACACACUGAUCAACACACAGGAGGCCAUUCUUCAGGGCCAGACCUCCGCCAUGGACCAGACACGCAUCAUCCUUGACUGUGGUCCUGACAACAUCUGUAUCCCAGACCUGAAGCUGACCGCUUCUGCCGAGACAUCCCGCCUGCUGAUCGGAGACGACAACCCGGCGCUGCUGGUGGUGGAGGCAGAGAACCGGGGCGAGGGGGCGUACGAGACCGAGCUGUACAUCACUCCCCCCAGCAGCACACACUUCCAGGGCCUGGCUCCAGACAGAGAGGGCUUCAGCAGACUGAACUGUGCGAAUAGGAAGGACAAUGGCACUGUGAUAGUGGUGUGUGACCUGGGGAACCCCAUGCCAGCCGGCCAGAAGCUGAAGGCAGGUCUGCUCUUCAGUGUAGGAAACCUGGAGGAGGUGGAGAGUGAUGUCACCUUCCACAUGCAGAUCAAAAGUAAGAACAGUCAUAACCCGGAUAGUGACCCUGUCUUUCUCAAGAUCAAUGUGAUGGCCUCAGCCGCACUGGAGAUGCAAGGAGCCUCCUCACCUUUGGAGGUGUUCCUGCCCAUCGCUAAGUGGGAGCCAGUGGAGCAGCCAGCCUCUCUGGAGCAACUGGGGCCGUACGUGGAGCACGUCUACAUGCUCCGGAACCUGGGUCCCAGUGCAGUGAACUUGAGGGCAGUGAUGGAGUUCCCCACACAUGGCUUGCUCUACGCCUUUGCCACCGACUCUGAAAACUUCUUCUCUUGUUCUGUCAACAACGCCAGUGUGGACCCCGACAGGCUGGUGAGAACAGAGCCAGUGAACAGAACCAGUGAGGAGGCCCACCACAUCAACAAAAGGGCGGCCCUGACAGACGUUCCCCAAAACCCUCACACACAGAAGCCCAGAGAAACCAUCCAUGUGAACUGCUCCUCUGAAGAUGAUCCAUGUGUGAGGGUGGAGUGUGAGGCGAGGGGGUUGAAGAGGCAGGGCAUCGCCGUGGUGAAGGUCAUGGCCCGUCUCUGGGUCAACACAUAUUUAGAUAGGCCAAAUGAAAACUACAUCCUAGAGUCCCAUGCCUUCUACCGUGUGGUGGGGAUGCCCUCUAAGAUCCUGCCUCAGGAGCUCCCCAGUGGCCAGGCAAAGACCCACACCAGUGUUGUUUGGAAAGAGGAGACGAGGGAGAUGCCCGUGUGGUGGAUCGUCGUGGCCAUUGCUUCUGGACUCCUGCUGCUGGCUCUACUCAGCUACAUAUUCUGGAAGGUGGGCUUCUUCAAGCGCAACAGGCCUCCUUGCGAGGAUGAGGAUGAAGACACACAGAAUCUCAGUGCUGGGCAGACAGAGUAUGCUGAUGUGAAGUGAUCCAAGGACACCUGCAUAUACAGUAAACACAGGCUGAAGACACCAUCCACAUGGGCUUACUUUCUUAUCUGUAAAAGCUUUUAAAGUUGUUUUCUUUUAUCAUUAUGUACAUUUUAGUUAUAUUAUUUUUCAGAGGCUUCAUAAGGACAAUAUGUAAUCUUUUCAUAGUCAUCUCAUUCACAUUUUUAUAUCUAGACUAUUAUCACUUAAUGUUUUAUGUUCAAAGGUCCCAUGAACGUAUCACACAUCCUGUGUUACAUGGUAGAGAACUGAAAGAAAAUAUUUCUGGUCAUUCUAUAUACUCAUUUAUGUACUGCUCGGUAGCAAGCAGGGAGAGGCCUGCAUGGGCCUGUAUGUCACAGCCCUACCAAAGACUAGGUAUGAAAAAAACUCUCAGCUACUUGUUCCAGUGUUGAGCUACAAAUUGUUGCAGAGAGAGAGAGAAAGAGAGAGAGAGAGAGGGCUUCAGAAACAGGGUCUUAACCAUGGUUGUAGCACAAAAGAGCUUUUGGAAAAAUGAAAGAAAAAAAAACAUUUAUCUUAAUCUGUGGAUUAAAAAUAUAAUGUCUGUGCCAUAUCAUCUGUGGGUUUAAUGUGCUUUACUUCCUUCCCUCACGGAUCGUCAUCAUGUGUCGUUAGGCCCAGAUCUGUGCCUCACAUGGCUACUGUCACAGACUUGUGAGCGUCAUCAAACUCAACAGACUUGUGAAACACAUAAAAAACAUAAAAAGAC